AUGUCUUUCGUACGCACCUCGACGGGUGGUAAUGAGUCGGUGCAUAAAUUUGUGGAGGCCCUACGUGCAGACUUUAAGACACUCUCCCUGGAAACGAAAAAGAAAUAUCCAUUAAUAAAAGAGUCAUGCGAAGAGGCUAUUUCGAAGCUAAGUGCUGCUAGCAAUAAUCAGCAAACAUCCGUUUAUUACACUGUGAACCAAAUUCUAUAUCCACUUGUGCAAGGAUGUGAAACCAAAGACCUGAAAAUCAUAAAGUAUUGCCUCGGUAUGAUGCAGCGCCUUAUCACCCAGCAGGUGGUUGACCAAAAAGGCGCACGCUAUAUAACAGAUGCAUUGUGGAUGCUUAUGGAAAACAACAUCGAAGAGGUGAAGGUCUUACAAACGGUUACAUUGCUGCUGACUACCAACACCGUAGUGCAUGGCGAAACUUUGGCCAAAUCCUUGGUCUUAUGUUUUCGACUACAUUAUACAAAGAAUUCGACGAUUGUCAACACCGCGGGUGCUACGAUUCGACAACUUGUUUCAUUGGUAUUUGAACGUGUCUAUUUGGAGAAAGAUUCAGUUGCGUCUAUACAGGAUGCGGCGCAGAAUGCUAAUAGAGAAAUUGUGGAUGGCGAAAACAGCGCGGCGGCCAAUGCUGAUAUGCAAACCUUUGCAGCAGAUGCAUUUUUCCUCUUUCAAGACCUCGUACAGCUGGUGAAUGCUGAUCAGCCCUAUUGGCUCAUUGGCAUGACAGAAAUGACGCGCACUUUUGGCUUAGAAUUACUCGAAGCAGUAUUAACUAAUUUCAGCGCAGUAUUCCAUGAGAAUAACGAUUUCCGUUUACUACUUAAGGAACGCGUUUGUGCGUUGGUUAUAAAACUGUUCUCUCCAAACGUAAAACAUCGUCAAGUGCCGCCGCCUAGCAAUGGCAACACUGCGGUACCCAAUGACAAACCCUACUUUCCGAUCAGUAUGCGUUUAUUGCGCUUAGUAGCCAUUCUUAUACAAAAAUACCACACAAUAUUGGUUACUGAGUGUGAAAUUUUCCUAUCAUUGAUCAUCAAAUUCCUUGAUCCUGAUAAGCCGCACUGGCAACGCGCUUUGGCUUUGGAGGUCAUACAUAAACUUGCCACAAAACCUAAUUUAAUUGCAUUCUUUUGCAAGUCCUAUGAUCUGAAAAAUCAUGCAACCAAUAUUGUACACGAUAUGAUCUCAGCAUUGGGCACUUAUGUGCGUUAUUCGUUAAUAAAUGCGGCAGCUUUGCAAAACGGGCAGCUUCCAGCAGCCAAUCAAAAUAAUCCUACCGCAGCGCAUAAUGCCGGCAAUCAAUGUGGAUUUAUGUUCCGUGGCGUUUACUUGUCGCUGAUUGCCACGUUUCCGCCUGGUGUAGCGAAAUCUGUUUAUUUGGAGAUGCUAGACAAGCUGGAGGCACCUAACAUACCCGACAGUUAUGGUGUCUCUGUAGCUUAUGCUAUACUCUUGGACAUAACACGCUCUAUCGGCGGCGUUAUACAGCGUACGCCAGAAAUGCAACAGCCAACACACAACUCUGCCAUCAUAACUGAGGAGGAGCACAAGCCGCUAUGCUUGCAAUUGAUCAACUCCAGUUGGGCCGGUUUGCUCUCAGCAUUCGUACCGUUAGUAGAUGCCUCAAUCGAUGAGACUACAACGGAUAAUAUUUUAAAAGCUAUGCAGAAUUAUGCAGCACUUUGUGGCAUGCUGGAAUUGCUGGGCCCACGUGACGCUUUUAUAAUGGCCAUUUGUCGUGCUUCCUUCCCACCACACUAUGCAGCGGCAAUAUUUGCAAACAAUGUGCAUAUGGAAGCAGACUUGCGGGGUCAUGCACGCAGCAACAGUCAAGAUUUGAAUAACCAAUUUAUAAAUACUUGCAAUGAGGGAGACUUCCGCCAGCAAAUUGUUGCCGUGGGUACACCAUUGCCAAGCGCUUCGCUACCACACAGCAUAAUGCAAGCACCAGUCAUGUUGACUACUAAAAAUCUACAAUGUAUGCGUGCUAUUUUGUUUUUGGCGCGCAGUAAUGGCAGCAUACUGGGCACUUCCUGGCAUAAUGUGCUACAGACACUGCAACACUUGGUAUGGAUUUUGGGUUUGAAACCAUCGACUGGCGGUAGUUUGCAAGCUUUUCCAAAACCUGCUGUCGAAGCAAAUGUGGGCAUACAAACUGCAGUCAUGGCCGAUUUGCCAGUGCUGUCACAAAUGUUGAGUCAACUUUUUGAAUCCAGCCAGUAUUUGGACGAUGUUGCACUACAUCAUCUCAUCGAUGCUUUAUGUAAAUUGUCGCAUGAAGCUAUGGAACUCGCCUAUGCGAAUAGGGAACCCUCCUUAUUCGCUGUCGCUAAACUACUUGAGACCGGUCUUGUGAAUAUGCCACGCAUUGAAGUACUAUGGCGUCCACUUACCAAUCACUUGCUUGAGGUUUGCCAGCAUCGUCACAUACGCAUGCGUGAAUGGGGCGUAGAAGCAAUUACUUAUUUGGUAAAAUCAGCACUGCAGUUCAAACACACAGUGCCGCUAAAGGAAAAUAUGGAAUUACAAACAAUGUUGCUUAGUCCGCUCUCCGAAUUGUCGACUGUAAUGCACGCAGAUGUGCGUCAAAGGCAACUCGAUUGCGUUCUGCAGAUACUCAAUGGCGCAGGUGAAAUAUUAUCAUUCGGUUGGCCGGCUAUAAUCGAGAUCAUUGGCGCAGUAAAUGAGCAUCAUGGUGAGCCGCUAAUACGUACCGCAUUCCAGUGUCUUCAGUUGGUAAUCACGGAUUUUUUGACUGUAAUGCCUUGGCGUUGCCUACCGCUUUGCAUAGGCACUGCCGCAAAAUUCGGUUCGCAAACGCAAGAGUUGAAUAUUUCCCUAACAGCAAUUGGUUUAAUGUGGAACAUUUCUGACUUCUUUAAUCAAAACCAAGAGAAAUUAAUGUCGACGCAGGUUGAUGAUGGCGCUAUAUUACCUGAUUUUCCAGGAACUGUAAAAAUGCCUCAAUUCGACAAACUUUGGAUGUGCUUGUAUGCUAAAUUAGGUGAUCUGUGUGUGGAUUUACGUCCAGCGGUACGCAAAUCUGCUGGUCAAACGCUCUUCUCCACAAUCUCAGCGCAUGGCAGUUUGUUGAAUCCGCCCACAUGGCAGGCGCUCGUUUGGCAAGUUCUAUUUCCACUACUGGAUAAUGUGCGUGCGCUUUCCAGUUCGGCAAGCAAUGAAAAGGUGGAUGCCAGCGGCAAUAUAUUGAUACAUCAUUCACGAAAUACAGCACAAAAGCAAUGGGCGGAGACACAAGUUCUUACACUUUCGGGGGUGUGCAGGGUUUUCAAUACUAAGCGGGAUUUGUUGCAAAUGCUGGGGGAUUUUGAACGUGCUUGGUCCCUUGUUUUGGAAUUCAUACAAAAUGCUGCCUUGAGUAAAAAUGGUGAAGUCUCGCUGGCCGCACUAAAAUCGCUUCAAGAAAUUAUGUAUCACAAUGCAGACAAAUUGUCGCCGUCGCCACUUACUGACGAGGAGACAGCUCGCGAUAAUGAUGAGGAAAUUUGGACGAUUGCAUGGAAUAUUUGGCUGAAUAUCGGCAUUGAAAGCACAAAGAUCACAACGAAAAACAACGAUGCCCAAGAGGAGUUUUAUGUGCCUAGUCAGGCAUUUUUAACAGCGCUAAUACAAAUUUUCCCAGCCAUUUUCCAGCACAUACAACAAAGAUUUACCUUACCUGACUUUGAAAAGUUUUGCAUUGUGCUAACGAAUGCGGUCUGCAUACCCGUGCAAACUGAUGCCGUUCCCUAUAUAAUGUCCUCUGUGUCGGAUUCAUUGCUAACGCCAUUACACGAUGGCAUACUCGAUUGUAUGGAUCUCAUACAAAAGGAAGCCACCAAAGACGACUCUAAUUUGAAACAUAUGAUUCCUGUUAUAUUCCGGCAAUUACUGGUUUUUAGUAAGUUUGCUUGCGCCCCACCUGCAUAUGCCGGCGUCGAGCACAAGUAUGUCAAAACUGCGAACCAUUACACAAACAAUGCUUCCGUGGAAAUGGUCAGCAUGAAUUUUAUACCUUUUGGCGAGAAAUCGAUUUCCAUAUGCGUGAAAUUAUAUCAGUGUACCGCCAUGGAGGAUUGUGUUAUGCAGGAAAAUAUUUUACAUGAAAUCAUCAAGGCACUCCGCACUCCCCUUGCCAUGAAGUACAAGUGUCUUUCGUCCAGCACAUGGAAAUUAGCUAUAUCUAGCUUGAUUACAGUCCUACUCACGGGUUUGAAGGUGGCACGUGCUAAACCUAAUUAUUUUACAGGCAUGUGGGAUGAUUUGGCUGACACACUCGAUAAAUUUUUAUUUCCCGCGAGCAUUUGUACUAUAGAAGAUCGUGGCCUUGAAGAAAUAGUGCUGGACGAAACAAUUGAUUGUCAGGUCAUUGAACUGUUGCGUGACGAAGUUUUACCGCACGCACACGAAAUGCCACAUCAGUUCAUUAUGCAAAUUGUUGUGCUACUCAAUAAGGGCUCCAUACAUUCCGCAUCUGACUCGAAUAUUUGUUAUGAAUCUGAUUGGAAAUUACGUGAAAUUUUUGCAAAGACAUGCUUUGAAACGCUGCUACAGUUUUCGCUGCUGGACGAUACAUGCAAUAAUAAUCGUUUAUCGGCAACAGCUGCGGGGGUGAAUGCAUCAUUGAAUUCGAAUGUUUUCACAAAUAUGACAGGUGGUGGUGGGAAGGAUUUCGCUGGACGCUUGGCGGUUACUGCUUUGCUACAUCGAUUCCAAGAAGUUUUGAAGCGUUUCAAUGACGACGAACGGCAGAGUGGAAAGUGUCCAUUGCCUCGAUUCCGCCUUUCAGAAAUUUCCUUCGUACUUAAGGCCAUCGCCACUCUGGUUGUAUCCAUGAAAAAGGCGCCACCAACAAAAGUAAAUAAGCCAGCUUGGGAUCAGCUAAUUGGUUUAUAUCCCUAUCUGGUUGAUUGCACUACGACCACAUCGCCCGAGGUGUCGCGUUCAUUGCGUGAAGCGCUGCUACAAUACACAGAUCUACUACAACCACCAAAGUGUCUAAAUACCGAAGCUGCAAAUACUGCGAAGCUACAAAAUACAACAACGCAAUCAAAUGGACAAGAGUAAAAAUAAAGUUCAAUUGAAGGCAGAGGCAGAGGAAGAGGAAGAGACAAAUUUUGCAGCCGGCGAUGAAAUUCGUCAGAACCAAUGACCUUUAUGGGACUUUUACAAUGACACGCAAUGCAAGCGAAGCGAAUAAACAUAAAAGUUUGAUAUUUAUUUUGAGCAUAGUAAUAGUUACGCUAACUAUACAAUACAAAUAUACAUACAUACAUACAUAAAAAUAGACAUACAGACAUACAUACGUAUUAUAUAAACUAUAAUAAAUUAUCUAUUCGAUUACAUUCUAAUUUGUUAUCAAAUGCACACGCACGCUUUUCAAAUUCAAGUAUGUAUAUUUUUGCUACAUAUAUACAAGUAUGUAUGUGGUGUAUUUAAGUACGUACGUAUCGACCAAUGUAACGCCUAAUGCGAAAAAAGCAAAAGUGUACCUUUAAAAUAAAAGCACAGCUAGACGAGAAAAAGAAACAGGCAAUUUCAAAUUGCUAGCGGUGCAUAUAACUUUUAUACACACUCGUUUUCUACAUACAUAUGUAUUUAUUAUUUGAUUUUUUGGCAAGUCUAAUUUUUUUCGUUGAUAUUUUAUUUAUUU